UGAACCAUCUCCAGGCAGAGAGCGAUGGGACCGAGCGGAGCAGGGCAGGAGAGCUGCUUGCUGUUGGGAUAAUCUCUGAUCUUAGCCUCUUUUCUGUGCAACAUCCCUGGUUUCACUGUUUUGGUGUCCUUUUUAAUAGCAAUGUGGAUUGAAGGUUUUAUAUGGCACUUAGGAUAAUCAGCAAGACUGUCGCUCUCUUUUGCAAAACCAAACUAGACUAUUUCUCUCCCUGGGUGUCUCUCUCUUCUCCCCCCCCCCCACCCUUUUGACUGUGGCACCAAAGAUGAUGUUUUCUGUGCAGGAAAGACUUCUCCACAAGUAAGCCCAGGGGUUUCCUAACUCCUGGCUGAGCAGGCUUCGGUUCGCCAACGGGCAGCUUUUGCAACUCACUUCACUCCUUGACAGAACCAUGGCAGGCAAAAGAACAGCUGGCAGAAAACAUUAGGGGAGGGGGGAGGAGGCAAAUAAGGAAGUUGCUGAAAGCCUGUCCUUCCCAACAAAAUAAAACUGCAAAGAUUCUUGUCAAUACUAUCUCUGGAACACUUUUGACGUCACCAUGCGCAGAUCUAGCACUGAUGAAUCAACUUACCAUAGGAGCCCUUCUGUGGACAGCAAGGAUUACAGUUUUCCCAAUGGCGCCUUCCGUCGCUACAGCAGCAUGUACGGCGGCCAAUUUGGAGCCGCAAGUAACUCUUUUUUUGGAUUCCAUACCAACCCAGGUCCUAAGGCCACCAAGGCUAAGUACACCUCCCCCAAGGGGAACAAGUAUGUGGUCUUUUACUUGGAUCUCUCCUUUAUUUUUCUUCUAGAACUGAAGAGGUGCAGCAUGGCUCACAACUGCCUACAGUGCAUUAAGUACCUCAUGUUUGUCUUCAACUUGCUCUUCUGGCUGGGAGGCUGUGGGAUCCUUGGAGUUGGCAUAUGGCUAGCCGUUACUCAAGGGAACUUCGCUACCCUGUCUUCUUCCUUCCCUUCUCUGUCAGCUGCCAACCUGUUGAUCAUUACAGGGACUUUUGUGAUGAUCAUUGGCUUUGUGGGAUGCAUAGGAGCCAUCAAAGAAAACAAGUGCCUCCUACUCAGUUUUUUUAUCAUGCUGUUAAUUAUAUUUGUGCUGGAGCUCACGGUGGUGAUUCUGUUCUUCGUCUACACCGACAAGAUCGAUAAGUAUGCUCAGCGGGACCUGAAGAAAGGGCUUCAUUUGUAUGGAACUGAUGGAAAUAUUGGUUUAACUAAUGCAUGGAGCAUCAUACAAACAGAUUUCAGAUGCUGUGGUGUCUCCAACUACACUGACUGGUUUGAAGUGUACAAUACCACACGGGUGCCAGAUUCAUGCUGCUUGGAAUUUAGUGAAAGCUGUGGUCUUCAUUCCCCAGGGACCUGGUGGAAAGCUCCUUGCUACGAAACGGUGAAAUUAUGGCUUCAGGAGAACCUGAUAGCAGUCGGAAUUUUUGGAUUGUGCACAGCAUUGGUUCAGAUUCUUGGACUGACAUUUGCAAUGACCAUGUAUUGUCAGGUUGUCAAGACGGACACCUACUGUGCAUAAAAAUCAUCUUCAGGGUCCGUCAGCCACUUCUCCCCGAGAUGAAAGAGAGGACCCUCCAUCCUGUUGUCAUAUUUUUUCUAUGUAAAAUAAACUGCAUCAUCCUCUAUGGGAAAAAUUGUGGAUCACCCUAGUUUUGUCACACCACUCAAAUGGUAUCAUCGUGGGAACUCAGACUUGCUCCAACAAAAUAAAUUCUUCUCUCUAAAUGACAAGAAAACAAAGAAAGGAGCAGCUCUCUUUUGCACAGACUGUGGUUUAGUUCGAGGCUGAGUUUAAUCUUUUUUCUCUCUCUCUCUCUGCAGGCUGUUGACAAAUAGAAAUGUUCCAUCUAGCCCUAUUUCAUCAGUCCUCAAAUUAUAGGGAGCCCUUUCUCAUGAUGAUAGAGAGGAUGUGAAACAGCCAUUUCUUAGCAUUUGGUUUUAGCCAGCUUAGCACCUCAGCCCUGGGGGCAUGCGUUGGACUCUCAGAAUUGUGUCACAGAAUGAGAGGUCUUUGGGGAAAGCUCGCUGGAAGAAAUGGUUUCAGAUGUCAGGUCAGAUCUGGCUGUAAACAGAACUGGAAUUCUUACUCUUUAAAUCAGUGUAAUAACAUUCAAGUACUAAUGUCUGAAUACAUCCAUAUAGAUACACACUGAUCAUUCUAGCAACUGCCUACAAAGCACACCAGUCCUCUCUUCCUUUGUAUUCCAAGGGACCAUGGAGUCAAAUGGAAAGAUCUCCUAGAAAAGAAAGUUUGGCCACUGAAAAACAAGCAAUUACUUCAAACAGAUUUAUUCUUCAGUGAAUAUGUAAUCACCUUUCUGUCACUGUCCUCUGGAUUUUCUUUUAAGUGUCAUUCCAGUUUUGGUGUUCCAUGUGUCCUUCUUUUCUGUAGUUGGCCCCUUCAGCUCUUUGCCUUUUCUUUAAUUUGCUUUGUCACAUUUUCACCUUUAAAUAGGAUAGAUUCACUAGUGGGGAAAAAGCCCAUGCUGUAAACAUGCGUUGUAGUUGCUUUUUAAAGAAACAAAUUACUCCAAGAAGGGAUUGGGAAGUUUGAAGAAAUUCCCCACUAACCAAAAAGGUUUUAAACAGACAUUCAUUUCCCUUUUUUUCGUUUUUGUCUGCAUUAACAUACAUAGAACAACAUGCAGGAAAAGAUUUUCAAGCACAUUCCCAUCACUGCUUACAACCAUAGGCUAGUGAAAGGCUAGCGUAGAUUAUCUGCUCGCCAUCUCAACAAUGAAGAUUUAGAUCAAAACAUUUGGCUUUGUCUGUCCUGCUGUAGUUAAUCAUAUAUGAUCCAAAAUGAGUGGGUUAUCAGUGUAGGUGAGCACUAAUAUGUGUAUUAAUACAUUCAGGCUGAUAGAAGAUUGACUUAAAAUGCAUAAUUGAAAAAGAAAUUAUAUACCUUUAAAUCUGUGGCUAACAUAAUUGGAAGUGUUCCUGAUCAUGAUUAUAUUGUUCAUGAUCUUAAUGUCCAGUAGAAUUUAAGGUCGAUGUGUAUACAUUAUUAGUCCCCUCAGAGGCCAUCUAAAGACAGUUCCCUUCCCUUCAGCAAAGGGACAUUAAUUCAGCCCUUUCUUUUCUUUCCAUCCUUUUAUGAACAGUAGAUCAUUGUUUAUUUUUCCAGUAAUGGAAGCUAAUGAGCCGUGUUAAAGCAUCAGGCUAGAAACCAGAAGAUGGUGAGUUCUAAUCCUGCCUUAGAAGCAAAGCCAGCUGGGUGACUUUGGACCAGUUGUUCUGUCUCAGACCGAGGAAGUAGACAAUGGCAAACCACUUCUGAAUUCUUGUGAAGAAACCUGCGGGGACUUGUCCAGGCAGCCACCAGGAGUAAAAACUGACUCAAAAGCACCCCCUCCCAAAAAAGGAAGACAAGAAUAUGCAACCCUGUGUUGAGGCCUGUAGGUUUAUACAAGUUAUUUUCCCCUUCUUUAGUAUUCAUGGUUUUUUGAAGUGUAUAAGAAUGAAAGUUUACAAUUACAAAAAGAGAGUCAAGCAUAUAAAUCAAGGCCAACUAUGUCUGUAAAGCCUAACACCCUUAACUAAGAGGUCCCUCUGCAAAACUAAAAUUUCAUGAGUCCAUGCAAUGUUUGUGUGUUUGUGUGUGUGUGUGUUGAUCUUACAUCUGACACAUAUACUUGACUGAAGACAAAGCAGCCAAUUUAGGGUACAGUAUUAUCCAUUUAAACUGUAUAAAUUGCUUCAAUACAAACUUUUAAUACACAAAGAAAAAACAUGAAAUGUGACAAUAUGUUGACUAUGAUAAGAAAUCUAGAACAUUAUUCUCAUUUUCUGUAAAGAAGCACUACCUCAGGGCUAUAAUUCAAAAAAGAACUAGUAUAGGUUAGGAUUUGACCCCUGGACCAACUGGUACCCAUGCUCUAGAGAAGUGGUCCCCAACUUGUUUGGCACCAGGGACUGGUUUCAUGGAAGACAGUUUUUCCAUGGACUGGGGUGGGGGAGGAGCGCACAACCUAGAUCCCACGCAUGGACAGUUUCACUUGUCCGUGCUCACCUCCAGCUGUGCUGUCUGGUGCCUACAGGCCGUGGACCGGUACUGGUCUGCAGCUGGGGGAUUGGGGACCCCUGCUCUAGAGCAGCAUUUCUCAACCUUGAAACUUUAAGAUGUUUGGACUUCAACUCUCAGAAUUUCCCAGCCAGCAUGGUUGGCUGAGGAAUUCUGGGAGCUGUAGUCCCACUUAUCUUAAAGUGGCCACGAUUGAGAAGCACUUCUCUAGAGCUUAUCAAUUAAGAUAUUGCCUACCCACAUUCAUAAAUGAGUGAACAGUAAUAAGCUGUCCAGCAGUAGCCAAUUUUGGCAAAUAUGUAGAAAUUCCUAUUCCAUCCUGCAGUUGACACUUUUGAUUCCUCUUGUCCUAUUAAAUGUGCAUACAAGGGAGAAGUAUGACUUUAAGCAAUAAUGUACAUGCUAUUUUCCAAUUCUUCUGUGGUUUUGCUGCUUUCCCCUGUACAGGAACAAAGAGUGACUUUGAAAUUCCAUUGCUGUUAGUUGUCAUUGCUCAUUACCUUUGACUGUUUUACAAGCACCUUACUGACAGCUUUUAGAUUGCCAUCUCUGAAGACCAGUAUCAUAAAAUAAGGCAAUACAAAUGAAACAUAGGUUCUAAAAGUAAAAGAUGAGUUCUAAAAAAAUAUUAAAAUACUCCUGAAUAGCCCCCCUUUAUACAAAUAAAAGUAGGUGACUCAGCAGAUUACUCACAGAAAUUAAGUCACAAGUGAACAGGAUGGGAGAAUCUCAGCAGGGAAUAGGUAAGCAUUAAUCAUUUCUUAACACUCAUUCAAAAAGAAAGAAACUAAUAACAUAGCUCAAUAAUUAAACAAUAACUUCAAAGGCUUCCUGAAUUUUACAGGACAAACAGUAACAAAUGUUUCAUAGUUUGGAUAUCUAGAUGAAUAGCCUUGCUGUCUAUUUUGUGCAUAUUGGCCAUUCAUUACAAAGAUGGGGGGUUUGCUUUUUCUGCAACAUCACAACAAGAUAGGUAGGCUUCACACUCAUUGAAUCUUUGUGUUUAGAAGGCCAAGAUAAUUCUAAGCUGGGAUUUUAUUUUCAGUACCCAAACUGAACCAGCUAAUAAUGUUUUCAUAUUUAACCUUAUUACUUAUUAAGUUUAUAGACUGCUUUAAUCACUAAUGGCAUGUGAAAGGCUACUCUUUGAUUUCUAAGACUUUAUUUCAGGAGAUUAAUUUUAAUGAAAAGACUAUUUUCUUGCUGAGUCGAGGUGGCACAGCAGUUAGAGUGCAGUACUGCAGGCCACUUUAGCUGACUGUGUUCAGCAGGUCAGCGGUUCAAAUCCCACCGGCUCAAGGUUGACUCAGCCUUCCAUCCUUCC